AUGGACGGCUAUCCUUACAGCGAUUUAUCAGGAAGAAACGUUAGAGAACUAUCGGAUCUAGUUAUGGAAAGUGAAGGAAAGCCUUUGAGGAGCGUGAUCGUAUCCACUUGGCGAAGUGGAAGUUCCUUUCUUGGCGAUCUAGUCGACGCUCAUCCCGCAAGCUAUUAUUACUUCGAACCGCUGCUGUAUCUUGGUAUAGUCCAGUUCAGGCGGCCGUUGCCGUCGCCGGAACCUUUCAAUACUCUGAGAUCGCUGUUCAAUUGCGAUUUCUCCAAUCUCGGUAAUUUCUUGAAGUAUCGAAGCACCGACAAGUGGCACAGCGACGACUACAAUAGGUAUUUGAGGAAACAAUGUCGUCGGAACAAGAACACCUGCCAUGAUCCAGUAUUUUCCACCAAAUUCUGUAGUUUAUUUCCCUUUCAAGUGGCCAAAAUUGUGGGUCUCGAUCUCGCUCUCAUGGAUAGCUUCCUAGAAGAUAACGAUUUAGGCAUCAAGAUUGUGUUUUUGAUCCGUGAUCCAAGAGGCGUCUUGCAUUCGCGAAAGAGCCUGGACUGGUGCAGGAAUACUCCCAAUUGUCUGAAUCCAGUCUCGCUGUGCACCAACAUGCUGCUGGAUUACGCCACUGCGAUGGACUUCUCGACAAGAUUCCCGGAAAGCUUCAAAGUUCUGCGAUACGAGGACUUAGUCGGCAACCCCCAGAGGAUCAGCCGGGAAAUUUACUCCUUUUACGGUAUGGCGUUCCACAAUGUUGCGAGAGAAUUCGUAAAUACUCAUACCAGAGUAUCGCGCGGUGACGAGUACAGUACAUUUCGAAACUCCAGCGCAGUGAGCUUUCAAUGGAAAGAGAAGCUGGCUUUUGACGAAGUUAACGUCAUUCAAGAGAAUUGCUACGAAGCUAUACAAAUUUGGGGCUAUAAUUUAGCCUUCAACGGCAGCCACCAAAAGAAUUUCGAUCCGCUGCGACCUUUAACCACAAGGAAUUUCAAUUACUUCCGAUAAUAUCUUGUAAUGAUCAUGUUAUAUAUAUUCGAUAA